GACGUAAGCUUGUUGUCAAUGGCGCAACUAUUCAUAAAUUGCAAAGUUCAAAUUCCCAUUUUGAUUGACAUUCAGUUAUGACAGUACCCAAAAGCUUUUAGUUUUAAUAAUUGUUAAGUGCAGUUUUAAGUAUAAAGUGAUUAUUUAUUUAUAUUUAUUUUAUUUUAAAUAACAAAUUAUUGCGGCAAACACGUGUUUAGUUAAUUUUGUUUACUCCAAAAGAAAAUGAUAUAGUGAGCUCCAAUUAUACUAUGAACUGGAGUCAAAAAAAUAAUUUUUGAAAUGUUGCUUGCUUCUGUUGCCUCUCGAAGAACAUCGAGUAUUAGCAAGUGUUUUGAAAAAACAAAAUACUACGGUUCAAAACCUAACCUCUCAUUACUGGUUCGAUUUCAGACAACAGAUGAAACUGUAGUUACCAUAAAGGAUGUUGAGAAAGUUGUAAAUCCUGCCAAACAUCCAGAGUACGUGCCUAGGAAUUAUUUGAAAGAUUCGAGCCAAGAAACUCUGAGGCAUUUAAGAUGGAUGCUGCAGAAAGAUCUUCUGGGACAGGACAUGUUUUUGAUGGGGGCACCUGGGCACAGAAGACGGAAUCUUGCCUUAGCCUAUUUAGAGUUAAUAGAACGAGAAGUUGAAUUUAUUGCCUUAUCACGAGAUACGACCGAGGCAGACCUCAAACAGAGGAAAGAAAUAGAAAAUGGCACUGCUAAUUACCAUGACCAAAGUGCUGUGCGGGCUGCGGUACAUGGCCGAGUUUUAAUUUUGGAAGGAAUUGAAAAAGCGGAGAGGAAUGUUCUUCCGAUUUUGAAUAAUCUCUUGGAAAAUAGGGAAAUGCAUCUUGAGGAUGGCAGAUUUCUGGUUCCUGCUUCACGCUAUGAUAAAUUAUUGAAGGAACACAGUCAAGAGGAACUAGAUUUCUGGAGAUUGGUACGAGUCAGUGAGGAUUUCAGAGUAAUUGCUCUAGGCUUACCUGCACCACGUUAUUCGGGGCAUCCGCUAGAUCCUCCCCUUCGAUCAAGGUUUCAAGCCAGGCACAUUCCACCCCCAAGUUUUGAGGAACAACUCGAUGAAUUGAAGAGAUUAGCUCCGAAUGUUGAUCCUGGAAAAUGUUCACAAUUACUUUCUUGCUGUCACGCUCUCGCCACGGAAGAAGCUCUAAAUUUAGGGCUUCCAGAUUUUCCUCUAGACAACGUUACAUCAGCUGCAUUAAUUUUGGAUAAAUUUCCAAGUUUGCCUGUCUUAAGCAUCUUUUAUAGAUUUUACCCAUACAAAUUAUUUUUGGGACAAGAAGGAAAGACUGCGGUCGAAGAUAUUUUGCAGACUUUUGGGGUUUUAGAUAAUUCUUUGAAAAGUGAUGAAAACAACAAAAUAAGAAAAGUCAAGAUAUUGAAUAAUAAUGCAGAAAUUACUAUCGAUUCUAAUGGUAGCGAAACAACUUUACAAGUUCCAGCAGGUUCUGGUAAAUCUAAAAACUCAGAUGAAUGGUAUGUUGAUACCCAUUACCAAAAUUCUUUGAUAGCCAACAUGAUGCAAACUCAGUUUGCUUCAGAUUUGUGUCUCGUUGGACCGAGAGGUUGUGGAAAAUCUGCAACUGUUGCAAAAUUAGCAGAUUUGUUGGGUUAUCAAAUUGAACCAAUAGUACUUUAUCAGGACAUGACAUCUAGAGAUCUUAUUCAGCAAAGAACGACUGCUCAAGGUGGUGAUACUGUUUGGAAAGAUUCGCCCUUGGUAACAGCGGCAUUGCAGGGAAAAUUAGCAGUAUUGGAUGGAAUUCACAGAGUUCAUCCCAGUACGUUGGCGGUAAUAUACAGGCUCGUGCAAAAUCGAGAAUUACAGUUGCACGAUGGGAAACGCUUAAUGGGGGCAGAUCGUUACGAUAACAUGAAGGAAAAGUUUAAAAAGUCUGAUGAUGAAAUGAAAAGCUCUGGAAUUCUCAAAAUCCAUCCUUCAUUUAGAUUAGUUGGUUUGGCAGAACCGCUAAUUAUAAACAGCUCUGCGGGUCAGUGGUUAAAUUCAGAAUUACUAAGCCUCUUUCUCUUCCAUGAAAUGAGACCUUUAGACAAAACAGAGGAGAUUCACAUCAUUCGAUCAAAGUAUGGAGAGCCAAGCAGUGAUCUUUUAAAAAUUAUAGAUCUAGCCCACGUAUUACGUUCUUCCAAUAAUCCAACCUUGCAAUCAUUAGCAAGUUCUCUAAGUUCAAGACAGCUCUUUAGAAUUGCUGCAAAAAUGCACAAGUUUCCAAAGAGUGACGCUUAUGAUAUUGUUCAUCGAGCUUGUUUAGCUCGUUUCCUUCCAAUUUUAACAAAACAAGCAUUGGAAGAUUGUUUGUCGAAAUUAGGAAUAAUACCCAAUAAAGAGACCAAGAACACGCAAAUCACUUGUGAAGUAAAGAAUGAGACGGUAACAAUUGGAGGAACCACUGUGAAUCGCUACAAAACGAAAGCACUGACUAAAAUUCCAGACAUCCUCUUUUACGACGUUCCUCAGCAUUUAAUUCUGCUGGAAAACUUACUUCAGGACUUUACCCUAGGGCAAAAUUUAUUAUUAGUUGGUAAUCAAGGUGUGGGGAAAAAUAAAAUUGCUGACAGAUUGCUUCAGUUAAUGCACAGGCCUAGAGAAUAUAUUCAAUUGCAUCGGGAUACAACGGUUCAGACUUUGACGAUACAACCUAUGGUUAAGGAUGGUGUGGUCGUUUACGAGGAUUCACCACUAGUUCAAGCUGUCAAAUUGGGACACGUUUUGGUCAUUGAUGAAGCUGACAAAGCACCAACACACGUGUCCUGUAUAUUGAAGACUCUAGUCGAAUCCGGAGAAAUGAUUCUAUCAGACGGGAGAAGAAUAGUACCCGCUGAUCAAUCAUCAGAAAAUAAUCCAGAUAUAAUAACAAUGCAUCCAGAUUUUCGGAUGAUUGUACUAGCAAACAGACCAGGUUUUCCAUUUUUGGGUAACGAUUUCUUUGGUGCUUUGGGUGAUUUAUUCAGCACACAUUCCGUCGACAAUCCUUCAGUCAAUAAUGAGAUUCGACUGCUGAGACAAUAUGGCCCGGAUGUGGAUGACAAAAUAAUUCACAAGCUUGUAAAAGCCUUCGGUGAACUCAGAAGUAUGGCUGAUCAAGGACUUGUUUCUUAUCCUUAUUCGACCAGAGAAGUUGUAAAUAUCGUCAAACAUUUACAGAAAUUUCCGAACGAAUCUUUGAAUAACGUGGUGCAGAAUGUAUUCGAUUUUGAUCGCUAUUCACCAGAAGUCUUCGAUACUCUCACCUCUGUUCUUCACAAACACGGAAUUCCAAUCGGAACUAAUCCCAGACAUGUGGCUCUAGCCAAAGAAAUCCCCUUACCAAAGUUAAAAUUUUGUGGCAGUUGGAACAUGACAAAUAAUCAGCGUACAAUUCCUGUACAAGAGAGAUUUUUCAAAAAAAAGUUGGUUUCCAAACCUGAGGGGCGCUUACAUGUUUUAGAUAAAGUUGAAGCCAGAUCAGCUUGGUUUACUGAACUACAAAGUUAUUGGACAAUUCCGGUGGGUGAUACUGGGGUUGUAUCUGCAUUGGCGGUCAUGAAAGGAAUAAAUGAAAAUGGAGUCGAUGAUAAAAUCCAUGUACUUACGGCAAAUCCACUCUUGGUGUUUAGUAUGAAAAGAGAUUCGGAACAUAUUCAAGAAAUAUCAUUGCAAGGUCUAAUUUCGCCGAAGAGAGGUAAUAAGCCUCUUUUCUCAAUUGCUCCAGACAGAAAUGGAAACUUGUUGGUUCACGAAGCAACAUCGAAUACAGUUCUCUCAGUAAAUUUGGAAGAAGGAACAGUGCACAACCUUCAGCUAUCUUCAUUCAUGGAUGUAGCAAGUGACAAGAUAUCUCAUGCUUUUGGAAAUAAAGGAAGCACCUGGCAACUUAUAUCUCAUUUGAUAACUUCCAAUGAUCAGCUAAUUUUAUUCACUCCCAAUAGUGACCGUAUAGAAGUUGUCGACUUAGGUACAAUGGCUGCUUACACAAUGGUCAUGCCUUUUGAAAUUGAAUCAGUUUUGCCUACGUCUGAAGAAAAGUGGUUGAUACAGAGUAAUACGAGAAAGAAAUACGUAUUUGUCAAAUCUUUGCCCGCUAAUCCAUGUCCCAAUAUCUUGAAAGAAGUAGAGGAAGUAGAUACUGAUGAUUCCAAAAUAGGAUCUUUUCUCUCAGCUGGCAGGUCAAGUCUGAAGGGAGAUAUUCUUAGCAGUGCUUUGGAACAGAAUAUCGAUUCUCCUAAUAGACUUUUAGCAACUGAGAAUACUUUCGCAACAAUUGUGGUUGGAUUUCCUGAAUUGGAUAGUUCGAAUGAGGUUUUUGUUUGGCCAAGGAAACAAGCAAGGAGAGCUUCUGGUUCACCGAUAAUAACACAACAUGGACAAGUUGUUCGAACAAUUUCUGCGAGUGAGGUUCCGAAGGAAGUUUUUUCAGACGGUAAAAAGCCGGUGGAAGUUUCUGCUUAUUUUGAAAUUGUUGAUACUGUUAGUCAUAAAGCGAGAUAUCUUCCUAUACCUGAACCAGUGAACGUGUCUCCUGUAACGCAGUGGCUGUACACUCAGGGUCUUCCAAUUUACUCGGCAUUAACUUCAAACGAAGGUCUGGUGACAGUCGACGCUGGUGGAUGUGUUCGAUUGUGGGAGACUUCCAUAAUUAAUAUUGAAAAAUCGCUGGGAGAGUGGCGAAAAGUGGUGGGAUCGGAUGGAGAACGGUUACAAUUGACGAAAGAGAGGUACUCAGGAUUGGAUGUCAGUAGUCCGAAGCAUGGAAAAAUUGAUGAGAAAAAUGAGCCACAUGUUGGUGGCAACACUUGGGCUGGUGGUACUGGCGGCAGAGACACUGCUGGUCUGGGUGGAAAAGGAGGGCCCUAUCGUUUGGAUGCAGGACAUACGGUUCAUCAGUUGAGUAACGAGGAGAAAAACUCGGUUCCAGAUAACGUUAAAAAAGCAGCUCGAGAAAUGGGACAGAAAGUUUUCAAACAGCGAUUGAAGGAUAUUCGAAUGAGCGAAUACGAUCAUAAAGUCUACAGACAAUUCAGUGACCCUGUUCGUAAACAGGUUCAGGCACUCAGAGUCAUCUUGGGUAGUCUUCAAGCAAAGAGUUCUGAGCGCCAGUGGUGGAGACAUCAAACUUCUGGUGAACUCGACGAUACAAAACUGAUUGAAGGAUUAACAGGAGAGAAAAAUAUUUAUCGGAGAAGAUCUGAAAUGGAACCAGAGAUCGGUGCUCCUCAACUGAAACCCAAGAGAUUAAAGUUGGUCGUCGAUGUAUCCGGAAGCAUGUACCGAUUCAACGGACAUGAUGGCAGACUGGAUCGAGAAAUGGAAGCAUGUGUGAUGGUUAUGGAAGCAUUCAAUGGAUACGAAGACAAAUUAAAAUAUGACAUUGUUGGACAUUCGGGCGAAGAUUAUCACAUUGCUUUUGUGGAUCACACUCAACCACCAAUGGAUAAUAAGAGACGAUUGGAAGUUAUUAAGACUAUGCAUGCCCAUUCGCAAUUUUGUAUAUCUGGGGAUCACACGCUUGAAGCUACUCAACACGCGAUUUCUAGUUUAGCAAAGGAAGACUCUGAUGAGUCCAUUGUUGUAGUGCUUUCGGAUGCAAAUCUGGAACGUUACGGGAUUCCUCCUGAAAGAUUUGCCAAAAUUCUUACAUCGAAUCCGAACGUCAACGCUUAUGCGAUUUUUAUUGGGUCGCUUGGAAACCAAGCCGAAAGAUUGAUGAAAAAGAUGCCAUCUGGGAAAGCUUUCGUUUGUAUGGACCUCAAAAAUAUUCCUAGGAUUCUACAGCAAAUUUUUACUGCUUCUGUUCUGAGCACUUGUAAAUCUAAUUAAAUGUAUUAUAAUAUUUAAAGUUUCUACUAAUUAUUAUAUAACUGAUUAAAUAAUUAGACCGAUUUUAAGUUUUGCGAGGUGAAAUCGUCUAAACACGUCAAAAAUUAUGUAUUAUAUACAUCUACGAAAAAUAUUGAGUUAUUUUAAUAAAAUUGUACAUUC